AUGGUUCUCAGAAGAAGGAAAAAAGCUGGCGAUUUGCAAAAUGUUGGAGUUCAACGUAUAUUUACAAUAUCAAGCAACGAAGUAAUUGCUAAAGAUGACUCAUGGGUACAUCCUAAUUUGUCUAUUUCAUCAGACGAAGAGGAUUAUUUGGAUUUGUUGCUUCAGGAUGGAGACAUCAUUGAUGAUACUGAGUCAUACACAACUGAGCAAGAAGUUUUUUCAUCACAAGACAGUUCUCAGAGUUUAUAUGGUGACACACUUGCCAAGAGUGUUUAUUGGAAAGAUGAAAACACCUUAGAUGACUCAGCUCCAGACCAAAGAACAAAUUCAUUCAAACCAGAAAAACCUCCAGGUUUUCAGUUUGCUAACUUCACUAGGAAACAACUACAAGGACUUAAAUCACCAGCAGAUUUCUUCAAACUCUUUUGUACAGUGGAACUUCUUACUCAGAUUUGUAUAGCCACAAAUAACCAGGCAAGAACUUUAAUUAGUGCAGGAACGUGCACUUCAUACACAUAUAAUGGAGGCUGGGAAUUACUCACAGUAAAUGAGUUACUAAGAUUUCUUGGUAUUGUUAUCUACAUGUCAGUUGUAAAGCUGUCCACAGUUGAUAAAUAUUGGUCAUCGGAUGUAUUAUACAAGAGCUGUCCAGUUCGAGAUUAUGUCAAAGAAAAGAUUCAUUGCAAUACUAUCAUUUAUUCAAGUGACUUAGAUGUAAAAUCAACGUAUUAUGAUGAUAGACUGGAGAACACAUCGCUGGACGAUUGUGACAAGUUAACAAGAAUGAGGUAUUUGCUGGACCAUAUAAAGGAAAUAUCACAAAGUUUAUAUUUUCCACACAAAGAUAUUUCUGCGGAUGAAAGGAUGGUUGCUUCUAAACAUAAAUAUUCUGGCAUUCGACAGUUUAUCAAAGACAAACCAAUAAGAUUUGGGAUAAAAUUGUGGGUUCUGGCAUGUUUUGUUACUGGGUAUACAUGGAAUUUCUUUGUGUACUUGGGUAAAAAGAGAACAAACAUAGUUGACAAAUCAAAGGGCUUAGCAUUUACAGUUGUUACCACUUUGUGUGAAAAGUUAUAUGGACAAGGAUUUAGGCUAUAUGUUGAUUCUUUUUACACAACAUUACGUUUAGCAAAUGACUUACUUACAAACAAAGUGUAUUUAAUUGGAGCUAUCAGAUCUAAUAGCACAGCAAUGCCUCUAGUUUUCAAACAAAGUGUAGGCUGGAGUAAACUUGUGUCCAGAGGUGAUUUUAGAUGGCAUAGGGAAGGUUCAUUUGUUUUUAUACAAUGGAAGGAUUGUAAGACGGUUACACUUAUGUCCCCUUUGCACAGAGGUUCUGAUGUAACAUCCUGUUUUAGAACUAUUUCCAACCGUAGUGCAUGGAAAAGGCAGAAUGUAAAACAGCCACAAGUUAUUCAUGAUUACAAUGUUAAUAUGGGCGGAGUGGACUCGUCUAACCAAUAUUUAAACAAGUAUUCAUCGUAUAUAAGAACCCAAAAUCAUUGGUGGAAGGUAUUAUUUUUUCACUGCUUUGACAUUAUGGUGGUAAACUUCUAUAUAGUUUUUCAGGAGUUUAUAGGAAAGUAUCCUGCCCAGUUUGAAAACACUACAUUUGUUUCUAGGUUCGGUCAACUAGAGUUUAGAGAGUCGAUAGCAUCCGAGCUAAUGAAUAUCGGGAGACCUCAUGUUGAAAACAUUGUCGCCAAACAUAUGCCAUCUUUUCUAAGUAUCUGAAAGGAUUGCGUUUACUGUAAUGCAAAAGCCAGUAUGGAUGGUUUACCGUCACCAAGCCACAAAGUAUUUUCAUUUUGUAAUACUUGUAAUGUCCCACUUUGUUGUUCAGCAACAAGAAACUGUUUU